GCGAUGAGAGAACUGACGUCUGUGUGAAUCUUCUGAGAACUGAGGUAGCCCCAUGGGCUUGGCCCCCUCCAGGUCCCUCCUCUACCGAAUACCGUAGUACUCAGACCACACCGUCGCAGAUAAUUUAAUGUAAAAGUGAGAAGCAGAGCAGGUCAUGUCAGCAACUUUCAGUGCUCGGCAACGGCAGGCCUGUCAUUAUGAGAUACUAUAAAGGCUAGCGCAGUGGGUGGCGCAAUCUGUAGAUUGGUCAUAAAAAUCUAAUGCAAACCACGAUGGGCUCCUCCAAGACGAUGAAACCAGAGGAUCAUAAAAAACCAAACCUGCACCAGAUAAAUAAAACACUUUUGAGGAACGAAAGUGCCAAACCCACAAACACAUAACCCUCUUCAGUGCUCUCUCUCUCUCUCUCUCUCUCUCUCUCUAUACCAGCCUUUUUCGGGUGCAUUUAAUUGGGUGGCGUAUUUAAAAGGGACAUGCUUUAUUAUUUUUGCCCUUUAUUUAAAUACCACAACAAACUAGAGCUCUAAAAGAGUUUCAGUUUGGAGAUUUCAUAUUGCAUGCCACGUGAAGGUUGAGAAGUAGUAGUUCCGAAAAUAAUAUAAAAGAAGGUUGACUUGAUAGGCCGAGCAAAUCCCGUAUUGAGAUCUGUGAAAGAUGAGGCCGAAGAUUUAUCUUUUCGGUGACUCGAUCACUGAGGAGUCCUUUGGGGAUGGAGGUUGGGGUGCAUCUCUUGCCAACCAUUUCUCUCGCUCGGUUGAUGUGGUGCUAAGAGGGUACAGUGGAUACAACACAAGGUGGGCCGUGAAGGUGCUGGACAAGGUUUUUCCUGCGGUGGAAGGCUGUGACGCUGGCGAACCAUUAGCAGUGACGGUGUUCUUUGGCGCAAACGACGCCUGCCUUCCAGACAGAGGCUCAGCCUUCCAACACGUGCCUCUCGACGAAUAUAAGCACAACCUCAUCUCCAUUGUUUCCUUUCUCAAGAAGCGAUGGCCAAGGAUUCAAAUUCUUCUCAUAGCCCCUCCUCCAAUUGAUGAAGAUGGGCGCCUUCGAUAUCCUUACACUGAGAAUCCAUCGGGUCAGCCUGAGAGAACAAAUGAAGCUGCCGGUGCUUAUGCGAAAACAUGUGUUGCUGUUGCUAGAGAAUGUGAGAUCCCAGCGGUAGACCUCUGGACUAAAAUGCAGCAGUUUCCUGACUGGGAAAAAGCUUUUCUGAGAUUAGCUUCAUCUGACUAUCUGAUUUGCUAUUAUAAACCAUUAUUAAAAUUCUAUUCGCAAGUUAGAGUAGAGGUCCACACUCCACACCGCUAACAUGUCAGAAGGAAAAAAUUGAAGAAAGGUCAAUUUUUAAAUUCUCUGGUAAAUCAGCCCUAGCCAUAUCAACUAGCGGAAUGUGUCGUUCAAACCGAGUUGCAAGUAAAAGGAUUCAUCCCAUUAUUGUAACUUGCAGUUGGAAUGGAGUACUCUUUUCCAUAUACUAAAAAAUUAAUCAUGCCACUUCUACUUUCAGUAGAACAUACUGUAUUUAGUUACUGAUAACUUGUGUUAGUGAACAUUUCAAUACAAGUCCUUAUAUGGCUGCAGUGAUCAUUCUUCUGGUAGAGUGAUUUUUAGUACAUUUAUAUGUCAUGUGUAAGAAUUUGGUGCCAUGGACCUCUUUUGCCUAAAUGGAUUAUUUGAUUGAUAUUUACUUGGCAAGGUAAGGCUUUUCAGCUGUAUCGCGCAGGAGCGAUCAAUUAGCGCCCUAUCUUGGUGAAUGUAUAUGGUU